AUGCCGCCUCCGCGAGUAAAAGGCUUCUUUGGAGCACCGGUUGCCAGGGAUCUCAAGUGGGAUGAGAAUCUACUGUUUGAUACUUUCCAACUAUCGUACACAGUCCUCAAGGAUAUCCUGGAGGGCCAGUCUUCCUCAUCAGGACUAUAUACAGCAGAACCACUCAGUACACAUUCAGUAUCAACGACGAAAUGGCGAAGUGUAGCUACAAAUCCAAAUAUAUGCCUACCUACCGGUUUAACCCAACCAACGGGUUUCUAUCAGGAUCAUGAGACUUUAUCCAACGACCCAGCUGUCCAUCGUUCCGGCAUCUCUCUCCCGUAUAUGUCGACAUCCUUUGCAAGCACAAUCUCCUCGAGCGAACCCGAACAGCCAGUUUCCCCAUCGUGCCUCCGCCACUCGUUCAAAUUCCACGAACGCAUCACAGCCGCCCAUCUUACGCAGACCCAAGACGUCACCUCAUUCAUCAGCGCCCCAUCCUUCACCUCUCUUGGCGACACGACUCUCGACGCAACGCUUUUUCCCUCAACAUCUUCGCUCCCGGCCUUGCAGCUCCAUCCAAGUCUGACUAACACGCCUCUUUCUGCACUUCCAUCAGCUGCACGCCUGGACGCCUUACAGCCACAGACACCAACCGCAACACUUCUUGUAGCCGUGCUCAGCACUACGAUACGAUCCAUUAUCAUCAAGCGCAAGCCAUCAAAGCGGUCGCGCCGAACUGAGCCAUCAGAACCCGUUGAGCGACAUCUUAUCGAUCUUCUUGUCGCAGAUCAGUCGCGUGCAGGGUUCAAAUGCACGUUCUGGUUGCCGCCAUCGACGUCCUUAUCGUCACCCCUGAUGGAGAUAGAGGCUCACAUGUCACCUAUUGACAUUCCGCUCACAAGCAUAUCUUCGCUGCGUCGGGGGUGCAUAGUUCUGAUUCGGUGCAUUGCACUGGCAAGUUAUGAUGGCUCUGUGUACGCACAGAGCCUGAAUCCAUAUCUGACGAAGAUGAAGACGAGUAUAGAUUUACUAGUCGACGCAGAUGGGAGGGAUCGGGUCGAGGUAAUAGAUCCAGUGUGGCGAAGCAGGAUUGGAGAGACGAGAGAGUGGGUAAAGACAUACGUGGGAGGGGCUGGUACGAAAAGGAAGGCCAGGGAGGAUAGGACAAAAGACAGGGUAAAGGUUAAGAUGAAGAGGUUCGAGGAGGACUUGCCACCAGACGAGAGAUCAGGCAUUUUUGUAAACAUGAAUGAAGCCUCUAACGCAAUAGGCAUGGUCGCCAAGAUUAGUCAGGUGUCAACGCGUCCGAACGGCAAAUUAGCGUUCGCGGACUCUGUUGUCUACUUCCGCGUCGGUACACCGCCACGAAUCUGUAAAUUGUACACACAGCAUGUGUUGGGCAGGGAAGAGUCGGAGAGGCUGAGGCUACUAUUACCAGGAGCCGCGCACGACGCUCCGAGCCCAUCGUUGGCGCACACCGCUCUUCAAGAACCCGAAGGCUCCAAGGGAGGGGUUUAG